GGCUGCCUGAGCCCGCUCCGCUAGGCAUGGACCUUCCUCUCCCCUUGUCGUCCCCGCGGGAGGAGCGGCGAGACUUUCGGCGAUGGCUUCGGGGGGCUCGGAGGCGGCGACGCAGCGGGUGGCAGAGCUGGAGGAGGAGCUGCGGGGGCUGGCGGAGCGGCUGAGCCGCUGCCAGGCUCAUAAAGCAUUUGUGUGGUCUCUUUGGAAACAUCUCCAGGUGUCCAAACCAGAUCUUACUCAAUCUGUCAGUUUGGUUGUGGAAAGAGAAAAACAGAAAGCUGAAGUCAAGGACAGAAGCAUUUUAGAGAUUUUGCAAGCCAAAGACAGCAAAAUAAAAUCUCUAGAACAUAGGCUCACAGGACAGCAGCAGGAGAUAAACAACUUAAUGCAGAGAAAAAGUGCUGUGGAUGAGGAAAAUGCCCGUUUGAAGAAUGAAUUCGGUAACUUGAACUGGAAAUUUAAAGAUAAAAGCCAAGAACUUAAGGACACUGAGGAGUGUGCACAGAAGAAGGAAGAGCAAAACAGACUGGUUAUAAAAAACCUGGAGGAGGAAAAUAAGGGAUUAAAUAUAUGCUGUGCUGACCUGCUAAGUGACCUGGAGAAACUGAGGAAGCAGGAGGCACAAUGGUAAAAAGAAAAAUCUGGCAAUGAUGCCAGAAUAGAGACUGUCAAUUCGAACAGACUAACAAUAGACAAGAAAAAAAUAAAAAGUUUACACAGUAUAUGCAGUAACUUACCAUCUCAGGUAGACGUGAAACAGGAAGAACUUUUCCAAAAUGGUUGUGAUGUGGUUGGAGCUAAGAAGGAGUUAGAGGAGCCACAGAAUCUUUACAGACAAAACAUUGAAGAUACAACACAGCAGGCUGAGCUGAUAAAGCAGCUAGAGGCUCUCAAUGCUGAUACACAAAAAGUACUGCAAGACCAAGAAUUUGCUCACACAGCUAAAACAACAUAUCAAAAAGUAUGUUAUUCUGUAUUUCAACAGCCUUCUUUAAGUGAGCUAGAGUGCUACGUUACUAUGCAAGAAUCUGAAAUGGAGCUUUUACAGAAAAAAUUGAAUAAAGCGAAUCUUAACCUAGCAGAGCAUAAUUUGUACACUACAGAUACCCUGUAAAGCAACAAUAUAAGGACUGGAAGAAAGCAUGAGAAACCACCUGUGAAACGUUCAAGGUCUCUGUCCCCAAAGAGCUCUUUUAGAGAGUCAGAGGAGUCUCAAGAAUCUUAUGAGCUAAGAGCAGCCUAUGGAAAACAUGAAGAGAGGCUGCAGAUGUUACAGACCAACUACAGAGCACUAAAAGAGCAAUUAAAGCAGUGGGAAGAGGGUGAUAGCAGGCUUUAAAAUAGUAAAAGCAGAUACCAUAAUACAGGUUCCUAUCAGCUUUGUCAAGAGGAUCCUCAUGUGAUAUGGAAUGAACUGGCUUUUUUCAAGAGGGAGCAAAAAAAGCUAUUGAUUGAGAAGCUGAAUCUUGAAGAAGAGUUUUAUCAGAUGAAAAUACACCAAUCUGUGAAGCCACUUUUUAAACUUAGUGAAGAUGAUGGGGUCAAGGGUAAUACUCCAAAGAGGUAUAUGAGAGAAGUUUCACAUGAGAUGUUACAGAAGGUACAGUGACUAGAAAGAAGAUUCAAAGCUAUUGAAAGGGGAUUAAAGAGACAGAAAGAAGUAAAUAAAGACUUACUGAAUGAAAACAAUUAUUUGAAAGAAUCUUUAAAAGUGCAACAAAAGGAAGAUGCAGACACAAGAAAAAGAGAGCUGGAAACACUGCUUAAGAGGAUUUGUGAAGUAAAAAUAGAAAAAGCAGAAUUUCAGUUAGUAAUUGAUGAGAAGGGAAAAGAAGCUCCCUCUUUGAAGAGGCAAGUGACAGAAGCUAACAGGUUGAGAAACGAAAGUGAAGAUUUGCUGAGUCAAGUGCAGGAGCAGAAGUGUUUGCCGGAUAAAGCCAAAGCAGUGGCAAUCUCUGGGCAAUGUAAUUGCAAGAUAACAGGCACCAAGGUUAAAUUAAAAACAGCCAAGAAAAAGAGCUCUUUGGGACAUCAUGGAGCUUUUCUCAAACAGUCCAUCAAGGUUAUGAGUAAUGUAUUUGAGAACUUCAGUAAGGACAGCUGGGAGGAUGUGAGUGAAAGCAGGUACGUGACUGAAAUACCGACUUCCACAAGUUUGGAAACAGUGAUUAUGAAGACAGUGCAAAACAUUGAUCCACACAGAAGUAAACAAGAAGAAAAAAAGCCCUGCAAUGUGGUUCAUUUAGAAGCCCAAAAUGAGCAAUAUAAUAAAAAGGGUUACUCUGUUACUCAACUACAGGAAAAAAUCAAGUCACUGCAGAAGGAGAUAGCUGUUUUACAGAGUAAAAAAAAAACAGCGGUGGAUUUCAUUAAGAAUGUUAAAGAAAGCAAUGAGAAAUUAACUAGUCAUCUACCUUUGGCUGAUCAGAGACUUCAAGUUAAUAAACUGGCCAUAGAGGUAAAGUACUUUUCAUUAUAGUGUGUUGACCUCAACCUGGCCAAGUGGCAACAGGAGGAGGAAGAUUUACAAGGAAAAUUAAAGUUGAGGGAACAUCUGUCUCAAACUGCUGGCAAGAGUGAAGCUACACCAGCUCCUUCAAAGAACACUGAUUUAGAGAUGAAACAGCUGCAGUGCAAACUAAAGAAUUCGAACACUGAGAUCACUAAGCAAUCGACCACCAUUAAGUCACCAAGAAAACAAGUCCUGGAGAAGGAAGAAAGGAUUCGCGAGCUGCAGGCCAAAAUUUCUCAGUUGGAGAGGGAUUUUACUAUGAAAAGAAAUUUGAUAGAAGACUUAAGGUCUCAUCUAAAAGAAAAUCAAGAAAAUGAGAAAACCUCAAAUGAAACAUAGGAAAGACUUGAGAGAAAGGUACUUCUUUCUUGCUGUUCCUAACGAAAAGCUUCCAUUGACUCAAUGAAACAAAGAUUUAAUGUAGCUAUGAAAGAGAAGUCUCAGUAUGAGAAGACCAAAGACGAUUUGGAGAAAUAGGACCUCGAGCUUAUUAAACUAGGGAGCAAAAUUAUUGAGACUGAAUGUUCUAUGGCUGAACUUGAGACUGCUGCAUCUCAACAACUACAUGGUAAACUGAGUACACGGGUUUCGGAAACUCUAAAGAAGGAGCUGCUGCUCACUAGUGACAGAGUUCAAGACAUUUGUGAAGGCUUGAAUACUCUAACCAGAGAGUUACACCACAGCGUACAAGAGCAGAGAACAAAAGUUAAACUGGCAAAAAAAAUGGAAGAAAUGAAAACAUGCAAAAAGGGUCUUUCCCAAGAGAGUCUUCAGUUGGCAGCAUCUAUCCUUAAUGUUUAAACAACUGAUCUUUACGAAAUACUACAAGAAGGAGAUGAUGAGGAAACAGAAAAGACAAAAAUGGAAUUGGAGAAAGAUAAAGAAUGUCUAUGGCAUAUACAGAAACUUCUUGAAGCACAGUUUCCUUUUGCCUCAUACUUAAUGGAUGAUGUAGUGGAAAAAUUAAAUGAGAAGAAAAAAUUGGUAGAAGAGUACAGUUCCCUCAUGAAACACAUUGUAUGA